UGUUUACAUUGAAUAACUUUGAUACUUCGCGCAAACUAUUCAGCGUUGAAUGACGAAGACGAACCUUCACAGAUCCGGGUUCAGUGAAGUUAUGCCUGGUCCAGCUGGAGGAUAAGCGACGUGUAAUUUCUAAGCAAAAAUGGCUGAUAGGAGGGGUAGUAACGUCCCCAAUUCAAACGCAAAUUUGCUGUUCUCCGCGGCCCCUGAGUUCAAUUUUAACCUGCCUUUCAUACCUGUCAGUCAAGCCACGGGUCCAGCUGUGUUAUCGGGAGAUGACUCCACUGAUGUUGGUGAGGAAGACAGUUUCUUGGGCCAGACCUCCGGCACAGCUCCGCAACCCUCCACAUUCAGCUACUUUUCCAGUUCGACCACCACCAGCAGCGACCCUUUCGCCUCCAUCGGGCACCAGCCAUGCCCGCCUCCGGCCUCCUCUGUCGCCCCCAUGGCCUCAGGCCCCUCACCAGUCUCCAACGCCGCCACAUUGGCUGCUGCCCCCACAUUACCCCACUCCAGCCCCCCUGCUCCACAGUUCAGCAACACUGUUUACCAGAGCCCCAUGGGCCAGUUUACCCCCCCUCCCACCACAGGAACUCCCCCACCUCCCCAGGCCUCCCAGCAGUUCUACAAUCCCUACCGUCACACACCUCUGAGCAGCAGGGCCAGCCCCUACAUGGCAGCCCCAGAGGUUCCGCAGCAGACUCCCCCACAGAAUGUUAACCCUUACGCACAGGGACCCCCAGCUCAGUCAUUCCAGACGGCACCCUCUGCCUUCUCAAAGCCUCCUCCUCCUCUUCCUCCUCCUCCCACACAGAGUCAAAUGCCCCCAUUGGCCCCCAGUAUGGCUGGACCUCUGGUCCCGGCCAACCCUAUGAUGCCGUACAACUACAACGUCUAUGAGCCUGUGCAGCCCCACUGGUUCUUCUGCAAGCAAGUAGAGUCCAAGAAAGUCUGGCUCCCCUUCAGUAUCCUGGACUCUCUUCGCCUGGAGGAGACCUUCCAUUCAGUCCAACCAGACCCAGAGAAUGUGAUCGUGUCUACGGACGGCGGUCGCUACGACGUCCAGCUCUACGACCGGAUGCGCACGGCGGUGUACUGGGAGGAGGACCCCACAGAGGUGCGGCGCUGCAGCUGGUUCUACAAGGGCGACACCGACAGCCGCUUCAUCCCAUACUCGGAGGAGUUCAGUGAAAAACUAGAGGCUGAGUAUAAGAAGGCUGUAUCCACUAAUCAAUGGCAUCGGAGACUGGAAUUCCCAUCUGGAGAAACAAUCGUCAUGCAUAAUCCAAAGGUGAUUGUUCAGUUCCAGCCGUCUGCUAUGCCAGAUGAAUGGGGCACCACCCAGGAUGGGCAGACCAGACCCAGAGUUGUCAAGAGGGGUGUAGAUGACGAUCAUGAUGAAGUCCCUGAUGGAGAAAUGCCGCCGGUUGACCAUCUGGUGUUCAUGGUGCAUGGGAUUGGCCCGGUGUGUGACCUGAGGUUCAGGAGCAUGGUGGAGUGUGUGGACGACUUCCGCAGCGUUUCCCUGAAGCUCCUACAGAGUCACUUUAAGAAGGCCCAGGAUGACCGGGUCAUCAGCAGAGUGGAGUUCCUGCCUGUUCAGUGGCACACAGCCCUGCAUGGUGAUGCCACUGGAGUUGACAGGCGGAUAAAGAAGAUCACACUACCCAGCACAGGUCGCUUGCGUCAUUUCACUAAUGAGACCCUCCUAGAUGUCCUCUUCUACAACAGUCCCACAUACUGCCAGACCAUCAUGGACACUGUUUCGAAGGAGAUCAAUCGCAUCCAUGCUCUUUUCAUGGAAAGGAAUCCUGACUUUAAAGGCGCCAUAUCUGUGGCUGGACACAGUUUAGGUUCACUGAUUCUGUUUGACCUGCUGGCAAAUCAGAAGACGGGCUCUCCUACCGGUACCCCAACGGCCAACGGGAAUGCUUCUCCUGACGUCAAACAGAUCAGCACACCAGUCGCUGAGGAGAACAGCAUCGCAAGUCAGCCGGUGGUUGAGGAAGAGCCGAAGGAGGAUGGAGAGGAGUUUGCAGACCUGUCGGCUGUUCUGGAGCACCUGGGCUUCUUAGAAUACCAGAGUACAUUUGAGCAGGAGAAGAUUGAUGUAGAAUCUUUUCUGAUGUGCACAGUUGAAGAUCUGAAAGAGAUGGGCAUUCCCCUGGGGCCACGCAAGAAGUUCUCCAAGUUUGUCAAAGAGAGGGCAACCAAGCAGGCAGCAGCAGCAGAAAACCGAGUGGCUAAAGAAGUAGUCAAAGAAGCUCCUCCACCUCAACAUGCAGAGCCUGCCCCAAACCCAGUCCCUAGCAAACCUCCUGUCGGCAGAACCGUGUCUUCCAUCCAUGUAGACUACAACUUCUUUGAGAUUGGCACAGGCCAGGUGUCUGUGAUCUAUCAUACACUGGACUUUGAGCCGACAAACUUCUUUGCCCUGGGCUCCCCUAUUGGCAUGUUCCUCACAGUAAGAGGUUUGGAGAGGAUCGAAGAGACCUAUCAACUGCCCACCUGCAAGGGAUUCUUCAACAUUUACCAUCCGUUGGACCCAGUGGCAUACCGGAUUGAGCCCAUGAUUUUGCCUGACCUGGACCUGAAGCCUGUUCUGAUCCCCCACCACAAGGGCCGAAAGAGAUUACAUUUGGAGCUGAAGGAGAGUCUGUCGCGGAUGGGUUCGGACCUGAAGCACAGUGUCAUCAGCUCCCUGAGAAGCGCCUGGCAGACGCUCAACGACUUUGCGCGAGCUCACACCUCCAACGCACAGCUGCAAGCCGAGCUGGCCAUGGUGGCCAACCAGAUCCAACAGGAAGAGCAGAAACAGCUGGAAAAUGCCGAGGGAGAUGUGGGUAAGAUGGUAGAGAGCCCAGAGCAAAGAGAGGAUUACCCGUCCGUGAAGAUUGGAAUGCUGAACGGAGGGGGCCGCAUCGACUAUGUCCUGCAGGAGAAGCCCAUCGAGAGCUUCAACGAGUACCUCUUCGCUCUUCAAAGUCAUCUUUGCUACUGGGAGUCAGAGGACACAGCCCUGCUCAUUCUGAAGGAGGUCUACAAAACCAUGGGCAUCCAUCCUGAGCAGAUUAUUCAUUGAUGAAGUGCAAUAUAUAUAUAUAUAAAACCACACAGACCUUUUUCUUUGGAACAUUCAGAACUGCAGUAGAUUCUUGUCAUUACCUGUCAAUGUAGUUGGUGAAUUCAUUAUACAGGAAAAUGUCUGUUUAGCUUUUUUUCUAUUGUAGUCUUGUAAAAAAACAAUCCAUGUGUAUUAUGCCAUAUGUCUUAAAUUAAGAAAAGAAACUAAUCAGUGGAUUUCAAGGCCACAUUGUUUUAAAAAAACAUUUUUAUAGAGUAAAUACAAUGCAGUUGAGUAAAUACCCAUGAAGUUGAUCCAUUACAUGGGGGACGUUGAGCUCCACCUAAUGUGAAGAUACCCAAGAGCCUAGGUGAGACAUUACAUUAUUAACAAGUCAUAAAUAAAAGAAUCAAAGGAAUUUAUGAUCAA